AUGACUGCCAAACAACGGACGAUUGAGACAUCACGCUCACACCUGAAGUAUCUUAAAGCCAUAGACAUGGCUGCCAACACGACAACUCUCUCUCUAUCCGCCCCCAUCUCUCUGUCCUCCCUACCAGCUUUGCACCCCGUCUUGGCUUUCUACGCCAAGUACGCGAAAGACUUCCAAGAUCUCGCAAAUACCCCUGCAGAAUCCUACUACACACGCGACGCCUAUAUAAAUCUGCCCCACGGAGCAUUCUUUACGGGGCGUGAUCGCCUCUGGGAUUUUUACAAGCAGAUGUAUGGGGCCUUCCGAGCCAACCCAAUUGAGCAGUUUUAUACGCUCACCGUCGUGUCGGAUGCUGUGGGAACGCACACUCUGCAUAUGGAGUACGUGCGAGGUCUGCACAGCCACGACAAUACCACUAUCACGCGCGUGCCGCAGGUGUUUGUAUACGAGAUUGGGCCAGCGGCAGAGGGCGAGGGCACAGAUGGCUUGCAGAUUCGGGGCCUUCGAUGCUAUUAUGAUGUUGGCCUCAUGCGGGCGGCAGCUAAGGCUGAGGGAAUCGUGAUUAAAGAAUUUGAGAGCGAGUAA